CCCCGAUAUAGUGUUUUUUUUGUCAAAGUUGGCGGGGUGUCCAAUUUAUAUAACACUAGUAACAAUUUAAGCGUUAUGAAACGUAUAUUUGAUCAAAUAAAACUCACAUAGCAAAUAAGCCAUACAUUUUGUGUUUACCAAAUUCGACACCCAUUUACUGCCAUACAGUAACUUGCUUGGAAGGCAAACACCGAGAAAAAACACCUGCUGGAGGGGGACCGAUUUUCCGCUGAGUUGGACCUCUCUCUUGUUCUCUGGAGAGUGAGACCUGUUCGAACUAUUUAAUGGGCGCGCCAUGCUCUGCUCCGAUCCUCGCAUUCUAACUCAUCAUGGAACGGGAUUGGACGGCGAGGACCCGGGAAAAACUUGUUCAGUGGAUUUUAUAGAUGUUCUUGACAGAUUCGGUGGAUGCCAUGCGUUUUAAACCAUGGCAUUACAAAUGCUUUGGCCGUGGAUAUGUUUUCUAUCACACUUUCCAGUAAUUGCAUGUUUUGAUGUACACGUUUCGGACACUCUACAGCCCGGAGUAGUGCUCGGAAAUGUAUCUCUUGGACGGGGUUGGAUCUAUCAAAUAGACAGGACUUUAACUCCUAAAUACGCUAGACACAUUUUCAAUAUCGAGAGACGACACGGAAUUGUAUAUUUCUCAGGAAAAGUUAAUUGUGCGCUGUUGAGGAAGAACACUGCGCCGCUUUACAUUCAGUUCAAAUCAAGUACCUCAGAUACCUUUAUUUUAAUUCACUUCAAUACUUUUGUGCACGGACAGAAUUGUUUCAUUAAAUAUAGGAGAAAGGCAAACGAAGGUAAGCCCAAGAUGUACAUGAACAUUCUCUCAACAGUAGAGACAUAUCCAUGCGUCUCAAAUAGGAUUUUGCUUUUGAACAUUUAUGAACAUUUACCACUUUUUACUCGAAAACCUCACUCUUACCUUUCGUUAUGUAAGGGAGGGGACUGGAAAGUAGUUUUUGAUAACGGGAGUGUUUUGCUAAACUGUCUGCAACCCAAUGAGCGAAACGAGUUGGAUUUAUUCUGCAGGGUGCAACAUCUUUGGAAUUACACCACUGUUCGUGUGAAACUGCGAAUGAAUUCUCUUCAUAGUCAUGCCAUGUUUACAGACGGGGAUUUGGGUAGACUGGGUUCAUGGACCAAACGUAAAAAAAGAAAUGUGAAUACAGCUCCCCAGUUUCAACUGCCCAACUAUCAGGUGUCUGUCCCGGAGAAUGAACCGGCGGGAACUCGCGUAAUUACGCUCAAAGCAGUGGAUACCGACGACGAUGAUGAUGGUGAAGUAGAAUAUGAUAUUGAAGCUCUGUUCGAUAGCAGAUCCAAUGAUUAUUUCAAAAUCAAUUUGCAGACCGGCAGCAUUACAACGUUGCAGCCUUUGGACAGGGAGGUCAAGGACACACAUAUCUUCAAAGUUAUUGCCACAGACAAUGGCACCCCUAAGAGGUCGGCCACUGCUUACCUCACUGUCACUAUAAGUGACACUAAUGAUCAUGGGCCUGUGUUUGAGCAGACAGAGUACAGGGUCAGCAUUAGGGAAAAUGUGGAGAUAGGUUUUGAAGUGUUGACUAUAAGGGCCACAGAUGGGGAUGCCCCAUCAAAUGCCAACAUGAUCUAUAAGAUUGUGAAUGAGGGGGAAGAUAAUGCUGGUUUUGAAAUCGAUCCUAGAAAUGGACUAGUCAAGAUUAGGGUUCGGCCUGACAGAGAAACCUUGACCCAGUAUCAACUGAUAGUGGAGGCUAAUGACCAGGGUAAAGACCCAGGCGCCCGCAGUGCCACGGCUACAGUGUAUAUCUCUGUGGAGGAUGAGAAUGAUAACUACCCCCAGUUCAGCGAGAAUAGGUAUGUAGUCCAGGUGCUUGAGAGCGUGGCAGUGAACACCAAAGUGGCCCUGGUGAAGGCCACAGAUAAAGAUGAGGGCAACAAUGCAAAAGUCCACUACAGCAUCAUCAGUGGCAACGUGAAGGGCCAGUUCUACAUCCAUUCCCCUACAGGUGUCAUUGACAUAAUCAACCCUCUAGAUUAUGAGAUCAUCAGGGAAUAUCAUUUGAGAAUAAAGGCACAGGAUGGGGGAAGGCCACCUCUGAUUAAUGGCACAGGGAUAGUUGUAGUGCAAGUUGUGGAUGUCAACGAUAAUGCCCCUAUGUUUGUUAGCACACCCUUUCAAGCCACAGUAUUGGAAAAUGUGGCGGUUGGUUGUUCUGUGAUCCAUAUUCAGGCUAUUGAUGCAGACUCCGGUGACAACUCUCAUUUGCAGUACAGAUUAACAGCUAUGGCUCCAGGCUUCCCCUUCAUCAUCAACAACAGCACAGGGUUGAUUACAGUUAGUGUAGAACUGGACAGGGAGACCACCGACUUUUACACGUUUGGCGUUGAAGCAGUUGAUCAUGGGGUCCCUGUCAUGUCUUCCUCGGCCAGCGUCAGUGUGACGGUGCUCGACGUGAAUGACAACGUCCCCACUUUCACUCAGAGGUUGUAUAGCCUGAAGAUGAAUGAGGAUGCUUUGGUAGGUAUGAGCGUGCUAGCACUCUCUGCCAUAGAUCGGGACGCCAACAGUGUGGUAACAUACCAGAUUUCCAGCGGCAACACGCGGAACAGGUUUGCCAUCACCAGUCAGACUGCAGGGGCAGUCAUCACCUUAGCUAUGCCACUGGACUACAAACAGGAGCGCCAGUAUGUCCUGACGGUGACCGCCUCGGAUGGCACGCGUUACGACACAGCACAGGUCUUUAUCAACGUCACUGAUGCCAACACCCACCAGCCCGUGUUCCAAAUCGCCAACUACCAGGUGACGAUCGGCGAGGACCAGCCUGUGGGCUCCACUGUGGUGGUGAUCAGUGCCACGGACGAGGACACUGGGGAGAACGCACGCAUCAGCUAUGUUAUGGAGGACAACGUGCCACAGUUCAAGAUCAACCCUGACACAGGUGCCAUAACCACACAGAUAGAAAUCGACUAUGAGGAUCAGGCCUCCUACACGCUAGCUGUCAUUGCCCGCGACAAUGGCAUCCCCCAGAAAUCUGACACCACAUAUGUGGAGAUCAUUGUUCUGGAUGCUAAUGAUAACGCACCACAGUUCCUCAGAGACAUAUACCAGGGGACAGUGUUUGAGGAUGCACCCGUGUAUACCAGCAUCCUCCAGAUUUCUGCAUCUGACAGGGACUCAGGGUCCAAUGGGAGACUUAGUUACACUUUCCAGGGUGGGGAUGAUGGAGAGGGUGACUUCUUCAUUGAGCCGUACUCUGGCAUUAUUAGAACAGCCAGGAAACUUGACAGGGAGAAUGUGCCUGUGUACAAUCUGAAGGCCUUUGCUGUGGAUAAGGGGUUUCCGCCACUUAAGGCAUCCAUGGACGUCCAAGUGUCCGUCCUGGACAUCAACGACAAUGCUCCUGUGUUUGAAAAGGACGAACUGUACGUCUAUGUGGUGGAGAACAGUCCUGUGGGUUCCAUUGUAGCCCGCAUCACUGCUACAGAUCCUGACAAGGGAAGCAAUGCGCAAAUCCUGUUCCAAAUUGUGGAAGGAAACGUCCCAGAGGUCUUCCAACUAGAUAUCUUCAACGGGGAUCUUAUCGCUCUCACUGAUUUAGACUACGAGUCCAAGAUAGAGUACACCAUCAUUGUCCAGGCGACCUCUGCACCGUUAGUCAGCCGCGCCAUUGUGCACAUCCGCCUGCUGGACGUCAACGAUAAUGACCCUGUCCUACACGACUUUGAGAUCAUCUUUAACAACUACGUCACCAACAGGUCCAACAGCUUUCCGGCUGGGGUGAUCGGGAAGGUUCCUGCCCAGGACCCGGAUGUGUCAGAUAACCUCCAGUACAAUUUUGUGGAGGGCAACGAGCUGAGUCUACUAAUCCUGAACAAGGACAAUGGGGACAUGAGGCUGAGCAGAGACCUGGACAACAACCGGCCCCUUGAGGCCACCAUGAAGAUAUCAGUCACAGACGGUGUCCACCGUGUCACGGCCCUCUGCACCCUGCGUGUCACCAUUAUCACAGACGACAUGCUGACCAACAGCAUAACGGUGCGCCUUGAGAACAUGUCCCAAGAGCGCUUCUUGUCCCCGCUGCUCGCCCUCUUCAUGGAGGGCGUGGCAGCGGUCCUGUCCACCCGCCCUGAUGGCGUCUUCGUCUUCAACAUCCAGAAGGACACACACGUCCAGGGGAGAAUCCUCAACGUCACUUUCUCCGCCCUGCGCCCUCCUGGGGGACCCGGGGGCACCAUCACCUCUGGACCUUUCUUCCCCUCAGAAGCCCUGCAGGAGCAGAUUUAUCUGAACCGGACUCUGCUCACCCUGGUGUCCAGCCAGCAUGUGCUGCCCUUUGAUGAUAACAUCUGCCUCCGCGAGCCCUGUGAGAACUACAUGAAGUGUGUGUCUGUGCUGAGGUUCGACAGCUCGGCACCCUUUGUGUCCUCGGAUACGGUGCUGUUCAGGCCUAUCCACCCGGUGACGGGGCUGCGCUGCCGAUGUCCAGCAGGUUUCACGGGGGACUACUGUGAGACGGAGAUUGACCUGUGCUACUCGGGUCCCUGCCAGAAUAACGGCAAGUGCCGGAGCAGGGAAGGCGGGUACACUUGUGAGUGUCCGGAGGACUUCACCGGUGAGCAUUGUGAGGUGAACUCCCGCUCUGGCCGUUGCGUCCCGGGGGUGUGUAAGAACGGGGCCAGGUGUGUGGAUCUCCUGGUGGGGGGGUUUGUGUGCCAGUGCCUCCCAGGGGAGUACCAGAAACCCUAUUGUGAGAUGAGCACCCGCAGCUUCCCUGGCCAGUCCUUCAUCACCUUCAGAGGGCUACGGCAGAGGUUUCACUUCACUGUGUCCUUCAUGUUUGCCACCAGAGAGAGGAAUGCCCUGCUGCUUUACAACGGAAGGUUUAACGAGAAGCACGACUUCAUGGCCUUGGAGAUCAUCGAGGAUCAAAUCCAGCUCACCUUCUCAGCAGGAGAAGCCAAAACCACCGUAUUACCCUUUGUCCUGAGUGGGGUCAGUGAUGGUCAGUGGCAUAGAGUACAGCUACACUACUACAACAAGCCCAAUAUUGGUCGCCUUGGCAUCCCCCACGGACCAUCAGGAGAGAAGGUGGCAGUCGUUGCUGUGGACGACUGCGACAUCGCCAUGGCAAUUGGCUUUGGUGGCCAGAUCGGGAACUACUCUUGUGCCGCCCAGGGCAUACAGACAGGACAGAAGAAGUCCCUGGACCUGACCGGUCCACUACUACUGGGCGGUGUUCCCAACCUGCCGGAGGAUUUCCCUGUCCGGAACAGAGACUUUGUGGGCUGCAUGAGAGACCUGACUAUAGACAGCAAGCCUGUGGACAUGGCCAGUUAUGUGGCCAACAACGGCACGGUCGCAGGGUGCACAGCGAAGAAGGACUUCUGCACUCAACGUGUGUGUCUGAAUGGAGGAGUGUGUGUGAACAAGUGGAGCACGUACUCCUGUGGCUGUCCCCUGGGUUACGGAGGGAAGAACUGUGAACAAGUCAUGCCCUCCCCACAACACUUUGAUGGCCAUGCCCUGGUGUGGUGGCGAGAGCCAGAGGUCACCAUCAGUGUGCCCUGGUACAUGGGCUUGAUGUUCAGAACCAGGCAGAGCUCUGGCACCCUGCUGCAGGCCAAUGCUGGGGACUUCUCCAAGAUACACCUCCUGAUCAGCGGCAGACAUGUGCGUUUCCAGGUGUUCCUGGGGGUGAAGCAGGUUGCCCUGCUGGACUUCUCUCAGGUCAGGGUGAACGACGGGGAGUGGCACCACGUCCUGGUGGAGCUGAAGAGUAUCAAAGACGGGAAGGACAUCAAAUACAUGGCCCUAGUAUCACUGGACUACGGCAUGUUCCAGAGGUCAGUGGAGAUAGGCAACAAGCUGCCAGGCCUGAGGCUGAGGAGUCUGUUUGUGGGGGGGCUGAUGAAGAAGGAUGGGACGGUCCAGAGCGGACUCAAGGGCUGCAUGCAGGGUGUGCGGAUGGGCGAGACGUCCACCAACCUGGCCAACGUCAACAUGCUUCAGGGUCAGAAGGUCAGAGUGGAGGAUGGUUGUGAGGUGGCCAACCCCUGCACCCCUAACGUCUGCCCUGAGCACAGCCACUGCACCGACAACUGGAGCUCACACACCUGCAUGUGCCACCCCGGGUACUUUGGGAGGGAAUGUGUGGACGCGUGUUUCCUGAAUCCCUGUCAGCAUGUGUCCACCUGCGUCCACCAGCCCAGCUCCCCCCACGGCUACGGCUGCCAGUGUGGUCACAACUCCUACGGACAGUACUGCCAGAACAAAGCCAACCUGCCCUGUGCUCGCGGAUGGUGGGGGAACCCUAUCUGUGGCCCAUGUAACUGUGAUGUCAGCAAAGGUUUCUACCGAGACUGCAACAAGACCACUGGGGAGUGCCGCUGUAAGGAUAACUACUACCGGCCCGAGGGAGGAGACACUUGCUACUCCUGUGAGUGUUUCCAGCUUGGCGCCAUGUCGCGCUCCUGUCACCCCCACACGGGCCAGUGUCAGUGCAGGACCGGCGUGAUCGGGCGCCAGUGUAACCGCUGUGACAACCCCUUUGCCGAGGUCACCUCCAGCGGGUGCAUGGUUGUAUAUGAAGGCUGUCCCAAGGCCUUUGAUGCAGGGAUCUGGUGGCCAACGACCCAGUUUGAACAACCUGCUGCCAUGAAGUGUCCCAAGGGAUCCACUGGCACGGCCAUCCGCCACUGCAGCGAUGAGAACGGCUGGCUGCCUCCCAAUCUCUUCAACUGCACCUCUAUCACCUUCUCUCAGCUGAAAAAAGAGGACGAGGAGUUGCACCUCAACAGCUCCAGGAUGGACGGUGAGAGGUCAAAGGGCAUGGCCAGCAUGCUGCGGAGCGCCACCAACCGCACGGAAGACCUCCAGGGCAACGACGUGAAGACGGCCUACAGCCUCCUGACCCGCUUGCUGCAGUACGAGAGCCAACAGCUGGGCUUCGACAUGGCCACCACAAGAGACAUUCACUUCCAUGAGAACCUGGUUCGAGCGGGCAGUGCCAUCCUGGACCCUGCUAACAGAGGACACUGGGAGCAGAUACAGCGUUUCGAAGGUGGCACAGCUCUACUACUGCACAGCUUCGAGGAGUACGCCCAAGCCCUAGCCCAAAACAUGAGGAAGACCUACCUGAAACCUUUUACUGUUGUCACGGAAAACAUGAUUGUUUCUUUGGAUUACUUGGACCCGUCCAGGCCAGAACGGACAAACAUCCCGCAUUUCCAAGAGAUCCAGGAGGCCUAUUCCAAAGAAAUGGAAUCUUCUGUCCGCUUCCCAGAAUUCCCAACACAGCAAGAGCAGCCAGAGGAGGUUAAAGUGGUCUCGAUAGCAGCAGCCACAGACGCAACAGCCAUAAACGCGCCCCCUGUCCAGGCUGAAUCCACCACCGUGGGUCACCAGGUGUCUGCCAAGAAAAUGCGUCGUCACGCUGAGGUCCAAGGCCCUCUCCCUGUUGCCGUGGUGAUCAUCUAUAGGACCCUGGGACAGCUACUGCCUGAGAACUACGACGUUGAUCGCAGGAGCCUGAGACUCCCCAAGCGGCCCAUCAUCAACACACCUAUUGUGAGCACGGUGGUCUACAGCGAGGGGGUGCCCUCAACCUCUCUUCUGGCACAGGCCAUCACACUCGAAUACACACUACUGGAGACAGAGGAGAGGACCAAACCUGUCUGUGUCUACUGGAAUCAUUCCAUCCCGUUUCAAGGAACGGGAGGCUGGUCUGCCAAGGGGUGUGAGCUGGUGUUCAGGAACAGCACCCACAUCAGCUGCCAGUGCAGUCACAUGUCCAGCUCUGCUGUGCUCAUGGACAUCUCCAAGAGAGAGCAUGGAGAGGUCCUGCCCCUGAAGAUCAUCACCUACAUCACGGUGUCAGCCUCGCUGGUGGCCCUCCUCAUCACCUUCCUCCUGCUGGCCAUUCUCCGGAAGUUCCGCUCUAACCUCCACAGCAUACACAAGAACCUGGUGGUGUCAAUCUUCCUCUCCCAGCUCGUCUUACUCUUCGGAAUCAACCAGACUGAAAAUGCGUUCAUGUGUACAGUGGUAGCCAUCCUGCUCCACUACUUCUACAUGUGUACGUUUGCCUGGAUGUUGGUGGAGGGCCUCCACAUCUACCGCAUGCUGACUGAAGACAGGAACAUCAACCAUGGCCGCAUGAGGUUUUACUACGCCAUUGGCUGGGGCAUUCCUGCCAUCAUCACCGGCCUGGCAGUAGGGUUGGACCCUGAGGGCUAUGGGAACCCAGACUUCUGUUGGCUUUCUGUCCACGACACACUCAUCUGGAGUAUCGCUGGGCCCAUCGCUAUAGUAGUACUGGUCAACAUUGCGUUAUUCUUCAUGGCCGCCAAGGCCUCAUGCGGAAAGAGACAGUGGACAUUUGAGAAGUCUGGAGCAAUCUGUUCCCUACAUGUAGCCUUCCUCCACCUGUUGCUCCUCAGUGCUACCUGGCUCCUGGGCCUCAUGGCGGUCAACAGUGACAUCCUCUCCUUACACUACCUCUUUGCCAUCUUCAGCUGCCUUCAGGGUGUGUGCAUAUUCUUCUUCUACUGUGUUUUCAACAAGGAGGUGAGGACCAACCUAAAGAACAUCCUCACGGGGAGGAAAUCCAUAGUGGAGGAGCCUACUGCCACCCGCUCCACUCUCCUCACACGUUCACUGAACGCUAAGCAUUCGUACACAGAGGAGGACAGUCUGUACCGUACGGCCAUCGGAGAGUCCACUGCCUCCCUGGACAGCACAGUUAGAUCAGUCCGCAGCUUCAGCAGAAGCCAGGCCAGGAACGACUCAGGGAAGAAGCACACGACAUCCUCCGGCUCAGCCAAAAAGAGUUCCCAUGGGGAGGGAGACUCCUCCAUCUUCCUCCACAAGUGCUCCAAGAGAGAUGAUUCGGACUCGGACAGUGAGCUGUCGGUGGAUGAGCACAGCAGCUCCUAUGUCUCGUCCCACUCCUCAGACAGUGAUGAUCACAGAGAAAGCAGCAAGCAUAGGUGGAACAACGAGAGACCGUCCCAGCACAACACACCCAAAGUGGAUACAGUGGCCAAUCAUGUGAAGCCCUACUGGCCAGUGGAGCUGCCGACAGCCAGUGAGAGUGAGGAGCCCUGCGGGGUGGAGUUGCUGCGUGUGGAGACCAAGGUCAACGUGGAGCUCCACCAGGACAACAAGAUCAACAGGGAGUCCCUCUACCAGAAUGAUAGUGCCCCUCCCAGUUCACCUGACUGCAACCAGACAGAGAAGAGAAGGGGCAUUCUGAAAAACACGAUCAACUCCCCUCCUCCCCUGACUGACAAGAACAUGAAGAAUCGCCUGCGGGAGAAACUGAGUGACUACAACCCCCACAGCAUCUCCACCAGGACGACCCCAGUCCCACCGUCUCCCGUCUCCUCCCAUCUACGCCCUGUAAUCGGAGGCAACGGGGUCCUCAUCAAAUCCCCGCCUCGCCUGCCCGUGCCUCCACACCCUCCGUUGUCUCCAUGGGACCUGCGCAAUGAGGUUGUCACGACAAUGACGAGGACGAUGAUGUCACCAUUAGUCAAUGGGGUCAACGGGGUUCAAGACGCCCAAGACUCGGACUCCGACGGUAGCAACGAAACCUCAAUCUGACCUGGAGGGAAUUCCAGAUAGACAACCAGCUCUCAAGGCAAGAGGGGCUACAGCACCGAUACCAUGCGUGCUGUUCAAAGGUCACUGUGGGGCCCCUAAGCUCCUAUGGAGACCAGUGUUUGCCCAGGCGACUGCCUGCCUGAGAGAAAAGGGGAAGAAAGGAGAGAGCCUGAGAACUCCAUCUCCCAGCAUGCAGCAGCUAGUUGGAAAAACAAAACAAUGAACUUCACGGCUAACAAGUGGCGCUGUCUGUAGUUGUUCAUCGCGGGUGGCAACUGACAGCAGGUUGGGAUUGAGGAAUUUUCCAGGACCAGAUGUGCUAUGAUGUGAAAUAUCACAUGACCUCAUGAAUCAGUAAGACAUUCACCAAGUGCCCAGCUGUUUGCCCACAGAGACAGAAAUGUCCAAAAAACAAAUCAUUGUCUUUGGUCCGUGUAAUUACUUUGUAGAUAUUUUGUAUUUUUACUUUUUGGACUUGUUUAUAGGAAAGGAAUAACUAAGCUAUACAUUGUAAGUAGUGUAUUGUCAUGUCAUAUUAUUGGGAGAGCCUGUGGAGAUAUGACAGUCAACAAGGUUUUUUACAGAUGUUUACGAAUUGUUUAAAGAAAACAAAAACGUUGCCAUCCGCAGCAUGUAAAGUCCCAGUCUGAAAAUACUCUACUGAUAAUAUGAUUUAGAAGUAUUCAAACACUCGCAUAGUAAGUCUAGUAAAACAAAAGCCAUCUUAAAAUAGUCAUUCUAACAUAGAGAGACAUGUUCAUCUCCGUAUUACAGUGAAGGUCUUGUACAUUCCAAUUGUGUCCUGAUGGUUGAAUGAGGAAAACGCACUGAAAUCGUAAUACUGUCAUUACAGGUUCCAGUAAAUGGCAGAGUAAUAUAGAAAUCAAUUGUUACUCUUGAGUGCUUAGUAGAAAAUGACAGUAUGUGCCUUUUGAUUGUUACCAUGCUGCCUCAUUGUCACCCUUUUCACAUUGUUCUUCUGAGUUUGUGUCGAUCCUUAUAUUACUUCUAGACAUCAUCUCUGGAGAUCCUAUCGCCAAGUGUUCAGCCAGUGACAUGUCUGUACUCUUGAUUUUUAACUCUUUAGAAUAAUAUGUUGCAGUAUUAUUUCCAAGGAAAUCAUAUUCAUUUUAAGUACCAACUGUGUGCCUUUCUCUCUGCCUCCACAGAGCAUAGUGUCUAAACCCCUUGGUAACCACUAUUACUAGUUUUAGUAUACCGACCUCCCCUUUCCCAUUCCCCUGUUGAGCUGUAAACACCCGUGUUCAUGAUCUAGUUAUAAUACUGUCGUCCCUCAGUCCUCCUUCUGCUAUUUCAUGUUUAUAGAUGAGCCAUAUCUCUUUAAAGCUGAUAUUGUGUCAGACACUGGAAUCAUUAUUGUAACAUACACGUAUUUAUUUUUUGUGAAAAGACACUGGCAAUCAGACUAAAAUAAACCACAUUUGGAUUUUUUCCCCUUA